AUGGAUGGGCACAUAGAUAUCACCCCGGAAAACAAUGUUUUCCCGCAAACCGGGCUGAGGAUUCCGCUUAUUCCUAAGAGAAGUUCUUCUGUGACACCUACCAAGCAGAUACGUCGCAAGAGCUCCUUCGUCCGCCGAGUGGAUUCUUCUGAAGAGUCCCCAAGUCCACAUGGUUCGAUAUUUGAAGCAUACUACCACUCAACUACCAAUAGCGAUGAGAGCGCAGUUGUCGAAUCAUGGCCUAUGAGAACUCUGCCAGGCCAUAAUCAGCCGGCAUCAUCUACUCAAGGUCGAGAAAAUGACGAGAACAGCAGAGUAGGACCGAAACCCGCAACUUCAUCUGGCGUCUACGAUAAACAGUUUCUUUAUGGUCGAGGUACCGUCCUCGAAACUAUCACAGAGCAGAACAGCCACGGGUCGAUGAGAAUAUUUGCACGUGCAAAGUCUGCGGACGAACUGCACCGUAUCCCAUUCCUAGGUCACCGAGAUAGCUUUGUUGUAUCUAAAAGUCCCCGGCGCAAGAAGUCUCUCAGCCUCGACGACCGGAACUUAGUAAAAGGCUCUUAUCAUCAAGCGGUUGCCAUGAUCGAGCGAACCACACAGAAACCUUUGCCAAUACACGAGAUAUAUGCACGGCCGAAGACUCCCGUUCAAGAACCGCCGCAACGACCUCCAACCCCUCCUGGUAUGCCGUCUUGGACCGAGCACCAACUUCGCCCACCUCAGCGGCGAUCAAGCAUCACACGAGGGGCUUCAAAUCGAUUACAACGAUUCUUUGGCAUUCAACCAUCUAGAAGCAGAGUGCCCAAUCCAGCACCUGCAGGCCGGCCAGUAUCAGCUCCAGUAGGAGGUCAGAUACCAAGGACCGCAAGAUACAGGCCACCAAAAAGCGUAUAUGGCCGUAUCGAUCAACAUCCUUUUAACAAUGCUUCAGUAGCGGUUGUCGAUCCAUUUCCACGAGAGUCUAUAUUGAGCAGGCCCACCGGCCAACGCAAGUCAGUUCGCUUUACACCUUCAGCUACAGCCCGAGACUCCGAGAUGCUUGCUCUCCAGACCGCAGUCGAGUCAACUCACAACCCCCCUCUGCCUACGGUACAAGUAGAACCUACAUCCCCAAUUCCAAAUACACCUUCGCGGCCAAGCACUCCGGAAAACCGAAGACAAUGUCCCCACCGCAAAGGUCAACACGCAGCACUCAAAUACCUCAACCAUACGAACACCUCGACGCCAGGCAACGAAUACCAAGCUAUCCUCUCUAACCCUCUCAUCCGUCAAAGCUCUCUUGCAUCAUUACCCAAUCUCUUCCCACCCUCGCCGACUCACCCCUCUUCCAGCGCGUCUUCUCGACGCGACGAUCUCAAUAUUGAUUGGGGCAUCCUUGAUACAACUCCAAUGACCGGGGAACUCUCCGAUUUCUCGGCCACCCAUCUCAUGACGGGCGCUCUUCUGGCUCCAUCCCCUUCCCCAACUCCCUUGUCCCCUCAACCCGAAAGCGGCACACUCCUUCCUCAUUCGAACGAGAAUUUCCAAUGCUGGAAAUGCAAGCUGGAGGCUUUCCGGGAAAGAAUUGAUAAGGUAUGGUAUAGAGGUGGGAGCGGUCUUUGUUUCAUCUGUUGUGGGGUUGAGGUCGAGGAGGAUGUGAGAACGCCGGGACUAAAUAAUGGGACUAUGAGGUCUGGUAGGUAUUCCGAGAUGAUGAAUGGUAGCGAGAGCGCAAGGAGGGGGUGGUGGGGUGUUGCUGACAGCCCUAUGCGUCCAGCUAGGAGGGUGGCGUUGGAGAGCACGCGGGCUGCCAUACGUUGA